GCCAACCAAUGAGCUUUGAACGUAGAGGAAGGACUCGGAGAGGAACAAAAAAAGUGGGCGGAUGAAGACUCCGAGGGCACUUCCGGCUUGGGUUGUCUCCCCUCCCUCCCGGCUUCUGGGAUCGCCUUCUCGUGGCUUUAGCCAUGGAGGCGUUGCGGUUGCUGCCGAGAGACGCUCGAGACUUCGCUUCGUCGGAGUAUUGGGACCGAUUCUUUCGGAAGCGAGGCGAGCGCGCCUUUGAGUGGUACGGGGAGUGGUCAGGACUCGGACCGACUUUGGGGCGGUAUCUGCGCCUGCGGGACUCGAUUCUUGUUGUUGGCUGUGGUAAUUCAGAACUAAGUGAGCAUCUCUAUGAUGAAGGCUAUCACGAUAUCAUCAGUGUGGACAUUAAUGAGCGGGUUGUUAAGCAGAUGCAGGAACGCAGCAUGCAACUGAGACCCAAAAUGACCUACAUGGUAAUGGAUGUACUGCAAAUGGAUUUCCCUGAUGAGCAUUUCCAGGUGGUGUUUGAUAAAGGCACUCUUGAUGCUCUCCUGACUGAUGGAGAAGAAACCACUCUGAAAAGAGCUGAAAGAAUGUUUGCUGAAAUUGGUCGUGUCUUGCAAUUCGGGGGGCGUUACCUAUGUGUCUCCUUGGCUCAGGCACAUGUAUUGAAGGCAGCUGUGGAAUAUUUCUCUCAGGAAGGUUGGAUGGUUCGAGUACAUCAAGUCCCUGGCCAGAAAACAGGCACCUCAGACCAGGAAUUUGCUUUGCCUGUCUUUGUUUAUGUUAUGACAAAGAUAAGACCAGUCCCUGGCUCAGUUUUAUGUAUUUUGGAGCUCUGUACUGAAGCACAAGAGAAACCUGCCCGGUUCAAGAACAGUGAGCAUCUAAUUGAUGCAGUGAAGGAGAGACAACACUACUCUCUGCUGUGGAAUCAACUCAAUAAGAACUCUAAUGUAGGGACCAUCUCUCUGGAUCUCUGCAGCAAAGACACUGGCCGAGCCCGGUAUACUUUACAUGUAGUGCAUAACUCAAAGGUGAAAGUGUCACAGGACAAACAAUUUGCCAUCUUUAUCAUACCACAGGGCAGAGAAACUGAGUGGCUCUUUGGGACGGAGGAGGGACGGAAGCAGUUGGCUGUGAGUGCAGGAUUUUGGCGUCUGGUAACUGUGGCCUUACAUAGAAAUCAACACUAUGACAACAUGGGAGCCAUCCAGGCAGAACUGUCAGAAAAAGUGAUGGAACUGGCCCCCGCUGGGCUUCCAGCCCAGCAGCAGGUGCCAUUUCUGUCUGUGGAUGGAGACAUUGGGAUCCGUACCAUCCAGCAUAGUGAUACUAGUCCUUUUAGUGGGGAGUAUGUUAUUGAAGAUGUCAAAGGAGGUGGUGCUUGCUAUUUCCGUCGCCUCAUCUUCCUCAACAACAGGAAUAUAGUGCAGUCAGAAGCAAGGCUUUCAUCCAGGGUAUCCCACAAAGGUAACAAGCAGAAGCCAAAGAAGAAGAAGAAAGUGGCCCCUAGGGACCAUUUCAAACCUGAUGCUGAAGCUGCCUGUCCGGCCAUUGACAAAAGUUUCUUGUGUUGCGCUCACCACAGAGCUAUGGUCGCAGGUCUGUGCUUGCUGAAAAACCCUGAAGGUCUUCCAAAAGCCCAGAUCCAUAUGCUUGUGAUUGGCCUGGGUGGUGGCAGCCUUCCCCUCUUCCUUCAUGACUACUUCUUGCAGUGCUCUGUUGAUGUAGUGGAGAUUGAUUCUGCCAUGCUGGAAGUGGCUACACGUUGGUUUGGUUUCUCACCAGGAGACAGACUCAAAAUUCACAUUGCAGAUGGCUUAGUUUAUGUUGCCAAUCUUACAGCAAAAGCUCCAUCAUCUUAUGAUGUAAUAAUGUUUGAUGUGGACAGCAAGGACUCAACUUUGGGAAUAAGCUGUCCACCACCAGCCUUUGUGGAGAAAACUUUUCUUCAGAAAGUGAGAACGCUUUUGAAAACAGAAGGCAUUUUUAUUCUCAAUCUGGUAUGUCGAGAUAUCUUGCUUCAAGGGUCUGUUUUGGCUGCCCUCAAAGAGACUUUCCCCGUACUUUAUACUCAGAAGAUUGAAGGGGAAGUAAAUGAGAUCAUCUUUUGCCAGCAGGAGGGUAAAGUCAAAUUAUCUUCCAGAGACCUUCAAGAGAAAGCUCAGAUUUUGGAGAAGGCACUUCAGCGACCUGGGCAAGAAUGGGAUAGUACUUAUAUCCUGGCAGAUAUGCUGGAAACAAUAAAACUGGUUUGAACAACCAUA